GAUACAUGUCUGAAUAUAACACACUCUUGGUGAGAGAGCUGCAUCAGCUCAAAGGCAAUCACUCCUCCUUAAUGACCGAGUUUACACUUGUACAAAUGCACUAUGCCAACCUGAGCAACUCCAAUGAAAUGUUACAGACCCGAUAUGAAAACGCAAGCGCUGCAAACCAGCAUCUGCAUGUAGAAAUGUCUCAACUACAGCAGGAGAAGAAAUCACUGAAGAUGGAACGAGACCAUCUCAAUCAAACCCUUGAGGUCAUUUUCCAGUUCAGUGUCUUUCCAGUCGAUGAUUACUGUCCUGUCACAGAUCAUGCAGCACAAGACAGGAAGUGUAGUGGACAUUGCCAGAAAGGAUGGGUAUACUACCAAUCAAGUUGUUACCUUUUCCUCUACUAUCAAUCAUACUUGAAUUGGAAAAACUGGGCAGAAGGUGACGCUGACUGCACUGCCAGGGGCUCCCAUCUGGUGACCAUAGACACAGCAGAUGAACAGGCAUUCAUCAACAAUCACACAAAGUACUACUAUGAUGAAUGGCAUGGAUACUUCAUUGGAUUGAGCAAUAUCCAAGACAAGUGGCAGUGGGUGAAUGGGAGUGAACUCAAGGGAGGGUACUGGACUACCGGUAGGCCUAUUAUACAGUAUGGAAGUUGUGUGGCAUCAAUGCCGAGCACUGAUCCUAUGAAGAGCUGGAAGAAUGUAGAGUGUUACAUGAAAAACAGAUGGAUCUGUGAAAUGGAAGCUGCUAUAUGGCCUAACUGAUUUUUAAUAAUGUGUUGCUGCUUCCGAUUCUAAACACUCUAUAUAAUAUGCCAAUACGUUUUGUUUGUAAAUAUUUCUAUUUCAUAUUACAGUAUGAGUAAUGUAAUUAACUUAAACAUGGUGAUAUGACACUCUUCCACUGAUUUGCAUUAUACGUAAUCUGCAACACAGAGAUAUACACUCUUGACAUUGCAUCCAAACCAGCAGGUCCGUGUUGGAGGGUUAGCUUCAGUUGGCCACCACCAUCUUUAGAAAUGGAAUGGAGAUGGUGCUGACUUCUAGCCACAUUUGUGACACAUGUGUCCAAGCUGGGAAGAUCUAAACGGAUGGCAUAAAUUAUGGCCAUAUGUAAUGUGGCACCUAGUAAUUGGCUUGUUUGUGAAAAAGUGACCAAAAGUGAGUAUUUAUGGGAUUUAUGGAAUUUCUUUCACUUUUUCUUCAGUCAAUGGCAAAUAAACAGACAUACAGAUGAGGCUAGUUAUAUUGUUUUUACAUUUUACUGUUUUUAAUUUAUUUUAAUUAUGUGUGUAUAUCUAUUUGUGUUUGUUCAGUUCACUUUCUUUCCAUUGCAAAGUACAUUUAGUUUUCGCUGUGAAAUG